AUGGCACCACCACCAUCACCGGGAGCUUCUACAGGCCCAACACAACAACAACAGCAACAACAACAAUCAAAUUCAAAGAUCGAUCCUAAUAUUUUACGGCGGUCAAACCCAUUAUCAGGAAUCGCUUCUUCUGGGAUUGGAGGUAAGCAACACCAAUAUACCCUUGAUUCAUUUGAGAUUGGUCGAAAGCUCGGAAAAGGAAAGUUCGGUCGCGUUUACUGUGUACGGGAAAAAUCCUCUGGCUAUAUUUGUGCAUUAAAGGCUAUGGAGAAAAAAGAGCUAAUUGAGUUUAAAGUUGAAACACAGUUCAGACGAGAGGUUGAAAUUCAAUCAAACCUUCGACAUCCAAACAUUUUGAGAAUGUACGGCCAUUUCCAUGACGCAAAACGUGUUUAUUUGAUUAUUGAAUAUGUGGCACAUGGAGAGCUAUUCAAAGUGCUCCGUCGCGAGUCAAGAUUCUCCGAGGUCAAGGCAUCUAAAUACAUUUCACAAAUGGCAGAUGCGCUUAGUUAUCUGCACAAGAAGCAUAUAAUUCACAGGGACAUCAAGCCAGAAAACAUUCUCCUCGGUAUGGACGGUAACAUUAAGAUAGCAGACUUCGGCUGGUCUGUGCAUGCUCCGACAUCACGAAGAACUACCAUGUGCGGUACACUCGACUACUUACCUCCAGAAAUGGUCGAGGCCAGAGAUCACGAUUAUAGAGUUGAUAUCUGGUCUCUAGGCGUUUUAGCAUAUGAGUUCAUUGUAGGGAAUCCACCUUUCGAAGAGAGUGGCCAUGCUGCUACCUACAAGCGUAUAUCAAAAGUUGAUUUGCGCAUUCCAUCAUUCGUUUCUGUUGAAGCUGCCGACCUUAUCAAACGACUACUACAACAUGAUCAAGAUAAGAGAAUGCCUCUGAAGGAUGUCCAACAACAUCCAUGGAUCUUAAAAAAUAAGCCAUUCUGGGAUACUGUUUAG